UGUUGUCGAAGUUGCGUUUGCUCUUCGACGAUGGUUCCCCUCUGCUCCCUUUCGUUUAUUAUUUUUUGUCUGUAAGUAGUUCAUGCUACUGCUAAAAAUAGCUCGUCGUAGGGUCUGUCGACCUAUUUUCAGAGGGUUGUUGGCCUAAAAUGGCCAUUCAUACCGAAAUUUAGGUCAAAUCAAAUUCUGCAGGUUUUAAAUUCUUGCCCUCCCGUGUUGUAGCAGUGAGUCUUUGCGAAAGGGGGAUAAUACCGAAUGACGUCACACAAAACUCUUCGUGCAACACGAGACCCGCCUCUUUCCUUGUGAAUCGUCCCCCCCACUACCACCAUAAACGCGUCCCCAUUGACGUCAUGCGUUAACCCCAUUUCUCGAAACUUUUACCAAUGCUGGCAGCAGUAACCAACGACGAUGGUCGACAAUGAUACCGCUAGUGUCUGUUAUUUGUGCGAUGGAAUAACAGGUUUAAACAUGUUAUUCGCUUCUGUCGCUUGUGUGUAGACCGAGUAGGUGUUGUAUGAAUGAAAAUUCACAGUGGAUAUUUGGUUCGUGUGCGGGCACAGGUGAUGUCGCGCGACGACAGUUCGGGAGGUUGGGUGCCGCUUGGUGGAGGCGGCUUGAGUAAUGUGUCGGUGAGAAAGAGACCGAGGGCUUGUCCCUCAGCUGCCCCCGGCCAAGAAGUCGCAAAGCCCAAACACGACUAUCUCAUUUACGGAAAACGGAUAAGCGAUCAAAGCAUUGUUUUAUCAUGCACAAUAAAGAAGGAUUUCGAAUAUAAUAAAGUUAUGCCUACGUUUCAUCAUUGGAAAACCGGGGACAAGAAAUUUGGACUCACAUUUCAAACGGCAGCUGAUGCUCGAGCGUUUGAUAAAGGAGUGCGUACCGCUGUUGAAGAACUGCUGGACGGUUUGGCCGAUACGUAUCCGCUUACUAAUGUAAAUAAUAAAUACGAAAAAGAUGUGGGAGACGACGAUGUCUUUAUGACUUUAAAUUUACCUCAAGAACCAAAAGAUUCCCGUAGUUCCAGCGAUUCUAGUACAAAAGGGUCGGACAAUUUGCACCGAAUUCAUUACAUAGGGAGGGAUAAACCUCUUGAAUCUCGACCGCCAACUUAUGAUCCAAUGAAAGGUGACAAAGGAGAAAACUACUCAUACGUACAGUUAACUGCAGUUCACGAAUACACUUAUCCAGUGGUGGAAGAUUCUAAGCCACCUUUAGUAAAACACGAUUCAUCGAGCCCAAAGAAAACGAACCUCGAGCUUAUUGCUGUACCUCAACCACCUUUGCCGUUAAAAUCAAAAUUUACAAAAUCGUACAAAGCUCAGGUGCGAUGUAGACAUUGUCAUGAGCUGUUUAAUGAGGACGAUAAUCCGAAAGGUUCGUGCGAGUAUGGUCCUGACUGUAUCAAAUCAACGAUACACACAAUUACAUGUAUAGGUUGUGCUCAGUGCGUGUGCUAUCAUUGUGCUACGGACGCUGAGGCCGAGUACGUGCAGAGGCCCUGCGAAUGUACCUAUGACGACAAUUGUGGUAAACGGUGGUUGUGUUUGACUUUUUUAUCGCUAUUCGUACCUUGCCUGUGGUUCUAUCCACCGCUAAAACUGUGUCACUGGUGUGGUGUUAGGUGUGGAUUGUGCGGCGGUCGCCACAGUAUGUGAUUAAAACUACAUUUUUUACGAUAUUAAUUAUUUUUUUUAUUAUUAUUAUCGUUACUGUACAUUUUAUACUUUUUUUAUUAUUUAAAUGAUUCUAUAACUAUAUUAGUUUCGUUUUUAUUUCGAGUCUCAUAGAUUACUGCUGCAAAGGCUGGUUUAUGCAUAUUAUUUGAAUAGUUAUUAAUCUUUUCUUUUCGAUUAUUUAGUACUUUGGUUUCAUACAAUACACACUGUUUUAAUUUCACUCAAAAAUUAAUUACUGCUUAUUCUGUUUCGAAUUCAAUUAAACUGCAGUCUUCUCACUUUUUUAAAGGUCUCAAGAAUGGUCUGAUCUGAAUCUCUCAAAAUAUGCUUGAGCGACCUUUUAUCAUGGAAAUGUAUUUGAAAAACUUUUUGAAAUUUUGUACAUGAUUGAAAACCAUUUUACUGAGAAAAACUAAGGUAUUUGAUUUUUUUUUGUUUGAAUGAAAAUAAUUCGUUGAAAAAUAAUCCAAAAUGCAUAAUAUUUUAAUUCUAAACCUUAUUAAUUAUUCAAAUAAGUAACCAGCCUUUGUAUGAAGUCAAAUUAAAUGAUCUAUCUCGGUUGUUGAAAACAUUUUUGCCCUUAAUAUGGAGGCUAAUAUAUAAACUUAUUUAUUUUGUUUCUAUCGAAAACUACAGGGCUCUCUUGUAAUAACAGUAUUUAUUUUACUCCAAGAUAUUUUUGUGCUUAAAAUUUUGUAAGUGUUCAUUUACUUUUCGUAAUAUAUAAUACGUAGGGUGAAUUAUGGGUUUUAAAGUAACAAUUAGAGAACGAAAGCGUUUCUUUGCUAUUUGCUGGAUAAAUUGAUCAAAAUUAUUAAGAAAGCUGCAAAUAUUCGAAUAUUAUAUUCACUUAAAAUUAUUCAUUUUUUUUAAAUGAAUGUUCAAAUUAGGAAAAUAAGAGCAGAUUUAUUUACUUCUGGUGCAUACUUUUUGAAAUAUUUUAUUAAUUUCUAAUAUAUACAUUAUUAUUAUCGUAUUGCUUUUAAAAAUCGAUUGACU